AAACUAACUAUAGAUAAUCCGUCAUGGCGGAGUAAUCAGCUGUUAAUUGCAAUGCCAACGAGUAGUUAUAAAUUGUUUCGUUUUAGUCAGUAGGACGCAAUUUUUAAUGUUAUUUUGUUUUUCUUUGUUGCUUAGAUAAGAGUUACCUUUAAAAUUAAUGGUAUGAAGAGAAUCAAGGAAUGGCGCGAUGUCCCAUGUCAUCUGUCAGAUUUAUUCAUUCAUCCAUUGUAGUGCAGAAAAAAUGUGACUAGUUUGAUAGAAUUCUGUUUUAUCAUAUAAGUGCGACACGAACACCGCGUACGAUGACUUUAUAGUCUCCAAUAGUGUAACAGACUUACCGGUUAUUGGAUCGUAUACUUAUAAGAUAGCAGCUGCACGUAACACAGUUGAUUUCCAGGGCCUAACAAUUCCCUCUACAAAGAAGCCGUGCGGCGUCCUCGGUGUGUAAUAUUUUGUUGGACGCUGGUGUUUUGUGAACUUUAAUGUUGUUUUAAGUGUUAUCACAAAGUGUAUAAAACCGUGAAACUUUAAAAGAAAAGAAGAUGUCGGGCCGUGUUCGGAAACAAUCAGACUGUCCAGUCAGCAAGCAGGGGCCGAUGAGAGCAACCCUGCCCGUGUCUUCAGUGAUGAAACAGAGUGGUGGAUUUAAGAAAAAUUCUGGUAAUAGUCCGACCCUGUCACCUACGAACGUUUGGCGUCGAAUAUCACCUGACCAUGCACUUUCUGGUCAACGCAGUCCUGGUGCUGUCAAUUACAAAGGUAAAGGAAGGUUUGGUGCAAGUGUAAUCAGACGAACAGCAUCCCUUGAUACUCUCUAUCACAAAGGACAAUGGUCUAGAGAUUAUUAUCUGCAUGCUGGUCAACUACAAGUUGAUAAAUCAACUCAAACUGAUGAAGGUGGUGGAGCAUCUGGUCGUUCAUCGAGAGGCUCUGAGGAUGAUAAGCUGGAUCGAUUCCUGCGCAGUCGUCUACAGAGACCACAUAAGGCUUCCGCAUCUGGAGAUUUCUCUGGCAACACAAUGAGCCCUGGAUUUUGGUCUCGGUUUGGAACCGGCGGUGUACCGCUUAGGGCAGCUCGUUCAUCAGUUGAGGGACUAAAUCAAGAGAUUGAACGGAUUGUCCUAUGCCCGGCCAGCGGCACUCAGACUCCACAUCUUGAUCGGCUACGAGAUAAGGUGACACCAGAGGGCCAUCGUGCUCCACUCGCGGAAUUACUACGACGCUCCGUAAAUACACAGACCCCGCAUGAUCUCUGUCAUACGGCCCAUUCCUCAGGUGGCAGUGUUUGCUCAUCCCCUGAUCUAGACGGAUCAAAACUCGGCACUUCGCCGCAGAUAAACCGAUUUUUGGCUCGUGAACCUCCCGAUGGUUGUGAGAAGGUGAACCUGAAGGCCGGCGAGGGCGCGUACACGGAGGCGAUGAUGAUGAAGCCGAGCGUGGCUGGCUUCACGCUGCGGCCCUCGCUCGGCUCCGCCUUCCAGCCGCUGCAGCCCGCCCCCGCCUCCGCCCCCUCGCCGCCACCCGCCUCCGCCUCCGCCUCCGCCUCCCCCACGCACUGACUCCACAGGUACCCUGUACUCUGGAUAAAAUGCUAAUAGAAAAUACACAUGUUUAAGAGCCCUAACCUCAAAACACCUAAACUGGUGUAAACCAGUUUUUACUUGAAUUCAGUGGUAAUAAGAAAUUAUAACAAACACAUCUAAAUAUACGUAAGCUGUAAUUACAGACUUAUUAAAAAAAGUCUUUAAAACAAAUUCACAGACAAAAAAUUACCUUGUCCAGCCAGUGAUGUAUAUAUAAUAUCUCAUUUCCAUCGAAUUGUAACACAAAAGGUUUUGACAAUGUUAAUGUUAUUUUUUAAAUAAUUUAAACCAAUAACUUUCCUUGUAUCUAGCAAUAUGUACAGCGGAAAUAUUGGUUAGGGAGAAUAUGUAAAAAACUCUUAUUAGCAUUUUAUUCAGGUUACAACUUUACAAUACAGUUUGGAGUAUACGCCGAUGUGACACUACAUAUGACAGUGUUGCCUGUUAAAAUAUUUGACUGGCAAUACUAUGUAUUUUGUGAAGAACAUCUUAAUCUUGAUACAUUUGUGACUUUUUAAUGGAAUAUUGCUGUAUUGAUAUUGAGAAUAAUUUUAUAUUUAAAAUGUUUUUUCACUUCAGCAAAGUUGAUCAAGAUUAGGAUGUCAUUGCGAAAUAACUCGACUUAGUAUGUCAAUUUUCCUUAUUUCUAUUGAGUAGUUUAGUUUUAUUUAAUAAAUAUAUGGGAGAUUUAAAAAUAUAUGACGAAACAGAAGAGAAUUAGGCAUAUCAACUUACUGAGAGAUUGUUCAAUUAGAUACAAAUGUUAUAAAUUACUUUCAAAAAGUUUAACAAGUAAAAUAUAAUCGGUUUUAUAUUUUUGUUCUUCAUAACUAACUUAGUAUUAUUGUAAAAUACCCGCCGAGAUUAUGUUGUCUGAAGUUAGUAAUAUAUCAUUGCAGCGUAAAAUAUAAAGAUUUAUUCCGUCUCUUUCGCACAUUUAGCUUUCGUAUGUUUGUCUCAUUCUUUGUCAACGCGCGAUAUAUUUUAACGGCGAACUUUAUCAUAACAACUGAACACACGAACACAAGAAUAUUGCCAUCUCACUCAUUUACUUUAGAUUUUAAAGAGAUAACAGUAGUCUUAUUCAUACAUAUACGAUAGUUAUACACGCUAACUUCAGAGACUCAAAGAUCUAUGGCAGGUAUUAUAAGUAGUUGUGAAUAAUUUAAAAUUCGAUGGCUCCUAUAUAAACUAUCGUAAGUCACAAUUUUGCGAUUGGUAACUUGUUUUGUGUUUUUUGAAUACAAAUUUCUGUAUUAAUUUUUGUUGUAAUCUUAGAAAGAAAAAGAAAUGUAAAUAUUCGUCUGCUGUAUCUUUAACGUAAUUAAUCGUAUAAAUAGUUGACUGUCUUACAAAAUUUGCGUUUCAAACAUAUAAUAGUUUACAUAGGAACCAUUGCGAUGUGCUUAUGCUUUUAAUUUCCUGUUUGUGAACGAACUGUUUACAUAAAAAGUUGGUACUCAAUAGAAGUAAUGGAACACGAAACCUGACAAAAUUGCAGUGCUAAUGUUUCAUAUACAUCCACAUCAAAGUCUGAUUAGAAUCGUUUUUUAAAGUAAAUGUAUAGUAUUUUUAUGGCUUGUGCAUUAAAUUGUGAAGUUAUUUUAUAAAAGAACAUCUUAUUUAGACAUGCGACAAGUAAUUCCGCUUGUAAUUGAAAUUUUAUAGGACAAUUUUUAAAAUUCCGCGUUCAUACAUUUUUACAUUAUUAAUUUUUACCAACCACAAAGUAUGUAAGAAACAUCCCUAAGCAAACCAAGAUACUAAUGAGUUAAGCUGAUUCUAGCCAUAUUUAUCUUAAAUUUUGACUGCAUGUGAGAUUUAUGAGGACAUGGAAAAUUGAAUCUGUAACAAUUAAACUAGCAUCUUAAAAAAUGUUGACUAACGAAAGUCUGAAAAGUAAAGAGAUAUACCAUUUUGAUAUACUUAAAAUUCGUACAUUUGACACGUAACUUUGAUGACGUCACAAUGCUUUGUGCAAAGUUUACGAAAUAAAAUCUAACGAGACUUAAAUGAUAGUUUACUUCGUGGCUUGUAGACGCUGGAGAGAUCAGUGGAUGGACACAUUCUGUACAAAUAUCUUGUUAACGUGUAAUGUUUUAUUUUAUGGCCUAACCAGGAAUAUAAAAAUCUUGACAUUUUCUCAUGUCGAGGAUUUUUAUAUUCAUUGUCAAGCUGUAAUAUUCAUUAGCACUGCAAACUAGUUAUAUCAAAGAAAGUAAAUUAUACUCGAUGUAUAGAAUUGUUAGUACGUUAAAAUGGAUGUUAUAUUUGCCAUCUUUAAUCAGUAGUGACAAUAAUAAUCGUAAUAAGUUUUAAUUUCCAUUGAAUCGGUGUGUGGAAUUUAUUGAGCGCAAGGGUGUUGUAUGACGAUGUCCAUUGCACACCAUAGCAACAUGCCAGUUACGUCACAACUUAUUUAUAUAAUCUGACAAAUAAAACCAAAGCAAUCUUUAUUUUACAGAAUUAGUUUAUUUCUAAAAUGUGUUUGGUUAAUAACAUAUUCCGGAUGUAUAUUUUUGUUACAAAAAUAAUUGUAAACAUCUCGAGUUUUCAAACUUGAGAUUAUUUUUCUAGACGUCUAAUUGUUUUUUUCAUCGGUUACUCAUAUUUUUCGAACGGAAUGUCAGGUGACGGAAUAUUUGUUUGAUCUCAUAUAUUUUUAAAAUAUGUACAUAAUCUCAUAUUUACUGCGGAAGCUAAUCCUCUCUCUAGGUUUUCAUUUUACUCUUGAAUGAUUUGACGUUUACCAUUGAUUAUAGAGAGAAAAAAUUGGACCAAAAUUUUUAAGGGUCGUAAGGGAUGUAUUAAAAUGUGACGACUAUACGAUUGUUAGGCUGAUUUUGUAAACGGAGAUAGCUUUAAAUACGCGGGGACUCGGAGGAAAGCGUUAAGAGGAUAGACUGAUAAUUUUAAAACCAUACUCAUACUUUCGAUACAGGUGACUUGACAAAUAUUUGAAUUUUUAAUGUAUUACAACGUAUGUACGGCUGCUGUAUGUUUUUAUCGUAUGAAAUCGUUAGUACAAACACACAUAUUAAAAGAUAUUUCCAGAAACUUGUUAUACUACGCUUUAGAUCGAAGGAAGUAUUAUUUGAAAUGAUGUCGUGUACAAAAUAAUUAUUUAAAUGUUUAUCAUUUGGGAAACUUAGAGCCGUGGUCUGCGCCGGCACGACACGUCACGUCAAGUAUCUGUAUCGGGUAUAACGGACACACGGUGUUUGGUUGACGUAUAGUGACCGGCGACUACGGCUGGUAACGAAGGAAAGAAAUAUUGACGAAUGACAAAAUGAACAUAAAUCUAAGUGACACAAGGUACAGUCACCUCACGCUCUAACCGUAUGUAUCCAGGCAAAAUGACGUAAGUAAAUUUUCAGAGAUUCGCCGGCCACUAUAUAAUAUCGUUUGUUUAGGGAAAGAAUGGACCAUGCCAAUUGGAUCUCUCAUUUUGGCCAAAAUGCAUUUUUAUCAUCGAGACUGAUAAUGUAGAAAGUUGAAAACGUAGUUAGAUCUGCUUUAUUAUUUUGUAACGUUUUGUAAAAAUUCGACGGCAAAUAUAUAUUUUUGACGGCUCACCUUUGGAGUAUAGAGUAUUUUAAAUCAUAACAUUGCUCAAAUCAAAAUUAUAUCGAGAGCCACACUUAUUAUAAACCAAUGCCGAAUUUGAAAAAUGUAAACAUUGUGAUUGUAAAACUUUCAAGUUGCUGCUAUAUGUAUAUAUUCAUUAUUAUUGUAUAUGUAUCUAUUAAUUAUUUAUUCAAUAAACGAAUGUGAUAUGUAAGUGAAUCAUUUGUAAGCUUGAGAUGGUUGCUUUACAACUUCGGUACAGGUGUCAACUUCAUGAAGUAUAUACAAGAAAGUAAACUCCCACAACAAACAGCUAACAUACUGUAACCAAUAAGAAUAUCUAGUGUAAAAGAUUUUUUUGUAAACUAAACUAUUUUUUGUGUGGACAAAACUACUACAAAAGAAAAUAUUGUAAAAUCCAUAUAAAUCUAAUUACAAGUUAGGUAUGCAAACAACCAUUCCCAGUCUGAUUAGAGUUUAGGGGUUAUGCAUGUUCUUCCUUGUAUAUACUCCUCGGAUAAAGAAGUUGGUGAUAUAAGAGCUGCCAGGUUGUGCCUGCGACUGUACCGAGCGCGUCAGUUGUAGAGCGUGUUGGUGCUGAUGAUUGAGGGAAGUCGCCGGCUUGUGGCACGCAAGGACGUAUUUACGCUAAUUAUAACGCAUUUAUUUUUCGACUACUCAGUAAACUUGAAAUAACGACAAAACAGUGCUUAGGAAGACAUAUUGUACAAAUGAAUUAGUACGUUUUUGUAAACCGGUCGGCUGGUUAACGGAAACGACAUUAGUAUUACGACGCCAGUUUUACUCACACAUUCAUCAGUAGGAUAUGUAAUAAAUACGCUGCGCAAAAAUCGAAAUCAUUAAAUAUGGAAUAUUAACCGAGCCAGUAUUCAGUAAAAUCCGGAUUUCUGUGUAGUUUUUCUCAGAUAAGUGCAAUAUCUAGCUGUAACUAUGAAGUAAUGUAGGGAACCGUGUACAUCGUCACCCUCGACUGUUUACUUUGCCCUUCUCGUAUCAUUGUUUAGUUGCGCGCGACCGCACUCGCGCUGCUUGUCUGCUUCAGUGGCGCAUGUAGUCUCCCCACGCGAUCCGAAACAACUACUAUGCUUUACUCGACUACCUUAAUACAUACAAUACUUAGAUUUACGUCACAGGUCCAGGUUGUAAUUUAGGAUUUAUCUUUCCGAAUGUCGUUACCUAAGUUAAGGUUUAGUAAGUUUUAGGUGACCCGAAAAUAUGUUAGAUGUUAAUAAAUGUGUGCUAUAAAACGGUCCCUUUACUGAUUGAUUUACUAGAGCCACGCGAUGUGCACGAGGCCCGGGCGCAGGCGGCCUCGCCCGCGACGCUGCGACGCCGCGCCGCCGCCCACGCCCGGCCUUGACUUUUUAAAGUACAUAUUUUUGUAUGUUCAGGGUAGGUUGCGAAAUGUACCAUAAGAGUAACUUUGCUAGUACCUUAGAUUUUAUAGUUCUUUUAUAGAUGGUUAACAAGUUUGCUUUUAGAUGAAUAAGUUUGUAAGUUUUAUUACUACGAUAUUAGAUUAAAAUACUAACAUUUAAACUAAACCAAAAGUGCCCAUUGAGAUAAGUUUAUAAAUCCGGCGAGUCUUUUGUUGGGCAUUUUGUUAAUAAAUAAUGUUUAGGCGACAAAAUUAGAAAUUAAGGAAAUUAUCGAAGGAUUGUUGAGUUUUAGUUAUCUAAAAAUUGUUGAGGUUUAUUGAUAAAAAAAUUCACUUAGUUUUUUUACAUUUGGUGUCAAACAAAAGGCUCGCUCAGUUAGAGGCAUUAAUUAACAUCAAAUAAUAAUAGUAUCGAUUUUAAGUAAUAAUAAGAAUGGUUUUAUUAUAGUUUUGUUUCAGAGAAGAAAUUCUAAUUACUAUUUUUGUUUCCAAUAUUUUAUCACUUUUACCUGUUUUCAUUGUAAUGUAUCUUGCUGUAUUGCAGACAUAUCCAAUAUACAGACUGAUUUAA